AUGGCCCGAUUUGCAGGACGAGACGAGCUGUUCAAAGCGGCUGCCUCGAACGACGUCGACUUCUUGACUUCGCAUGUUCAGCUUCCUUCUGACCCUGCCUCGCCCUCUUCUUCACACGCUUCGAGCGCGUCUUCGCCAGGGACAGAGCUGGCAAGCGCGGAAGGACAGAAAACGUCUCAGUCGGGUAAAAAGCUGGAUGCAGAGGACCUCAACGCCUUGGAAGACGAAGAUGGACGAAGCCUGCUUCAUGUAGCAUGUGCCGCUGGCCAUCUGCAGGCUGUGGAGUGUCUUCUUCGAGCAGGCGCGGGGUUUUUGAAAGCGGACGAAGGCUCUUCCUCGGAUGUGUUUCCCUGGUUUCUUUUCUUUCUUCUCGAGGGCGGCUGGACACCCCUGUUAUCUGCGUCGUCGGCGGGACACUUGCCUGUGGUCGAGGCGCUCAUUGAAGCCGCAAGGACGCGCCAGGCGAGCGGACCCGCUGCCCAGGCAGAUCUGCAGCCGAACCGCGAAAUUGUGAAGGAACUGCUGGAAGCGAAGACGCCCUCUGGAGGGACAGCUCUCACGACAGCUGCUGCGAAAGGCCAUAAAGCCGUCGUUGAAGCUCUGCUGGACGCAGGCGCGGAGAUCGAAGCAACCGACAACUACGGGCGAACUGCUCUGUCCAAGGCAGUAGUAGCCAGCAAGGAAGCGGUCGUGGAAGUGCUGAUGCAUCGAGGCGCAAGCGUGCAGGUAUGCGUAGAUCUCGCUGGAUUCGAGAGGGCCUGUGUCGCAUUCCUCUUGCGGCAAAAAUGCAGUGAGACAGUCCCAACCCCUUGCGUCGAAACAGGUCAGACUGGACGUGAAGCUGCAUUCACAGUCCGUGAGAGCAUCGAACACACAGCCAUGGUUUGUGCGGUUUCUCGUUCACUGAACCGUGCUAGUCUGCUUCGCAGAGGACAGAGGGGACUGCGGGGACACGCCGAUCUGUGCUUGCUGUUGAUGCGAACGGAUCCUGAGCUCCGGUUUCAGAAGAAUAGGGAAGGCGUAACCCCCUUCGAAGCCGGCCGGGCUCCGUUUCUCAAGCACGUAGCCACGCUCUACGAAGAGGAGAGGGGGGAAAAUGCAGAGGGUUCGGCAACCACGGACCUCAAAGAGACGGAGUGA